GCUUAUUAUUUUCGUCUUGAUAUUCAGCUUUCUAGGUUACGGGGCUUGGCUUAAUUUAAUUGGUCAACCGAUGUCAGUUUCAAUUCUCCGGCCAUCAACUCCCCAGCACUUCUACCGAUUUACCCACCACAAUGCUUCCCCAGAUGUGAUGUGGGUGGUAUGUGUCUAGACUCUCCUUAAAUUAUCGAUUUCCGCGCCUUCUUGGGACGACGCACUGGCAAAAAUUGCUCUGGACCCUUUUAAUUCAAGCCAUCAUGUCUGACCCCCUUCUCGUCCAACGCUCCCCGUCCGCGGAUUCAUCAGAACGAUCAGGCGAGGAGGAGGACGCCCUCUUAACCGGUCAGCCGACAAACCGCAAUGGAGAACGCCAUCGUUCGUUACGGCGUGAACUCGGACUCUUCGCCUGGGCCCUCGUCGCAACCGUGGCCGUAAUCACACUGGCUGUCCUUUACCAACACCAAAAACUACAGAGCCCGAAGUUCGAUCCUGACACGAAACCAUCAGGGAAGAGGAAUCUCAUAUUUAUGGUAUCCGAUGGCAUGGGCCCGGCUAGUUUAUCCCUGACGCGAAGUUUCCGACAAUUCGAGAGCAAUCUGCCUAUUGAUGAUAUCCUUGUGCUCGACAAGCACCACAUCGGUUCAUCCAGAACUAGAUCCACAUCCAGCCUGAUUACUGACUCUGCGGCCGGCGCAACUGCGUUCUCGUGUGGGAAGAAGAGUUAUAAUGGCGCCAUUUCUGUCCUUCCGGAUAAUACCCCUUGUGGUACUGUUCUUGAGGCAGCGAAACUGGCCGGUUAUAUGACUGGUUUAGUUGUAACGACCCGCAUUACCGAUGCUACACCGGCUUGUUUUGCGUCUCAUGCCAAAAUGCGAUCUUACGAAGAUCUCAUCGCUGAGCAUGAAAUUGGCGAAUACCCUCUUGGUCGAAUGGUUGACUUGAUGAUUGGAGGCGGGCGAUGCCACUUCCUACCAAACUCGACCGAGGGGAGCUGCCGUGGAGAUGAUAAAGAUGUGGUGGAGAUGGCUAAAUCCAAGGGAUUCUCGUACGUUGACGAUCGGACUGGAUUCGACAGUCUUAAAAAGGGCAGCAACGUCACUCUACCCCUACUUGGCCUUCUAGCUCCCAAGGAUAUUCCCUUUGAAAUUGACCGCCGCCAAGUGAACGAUGUCUAUCCAUCUCUCGAGGAGAUGGCACGAACGGCGCUAAGAGCUUUAAGUGAAGCUACAAAGGAUAGUGAUAAAGGUUUCUUCAUUAUGAUUGAGGGCUCGAGAAUAGACCAUGCAGGCCAUGGAAAUGACCCGGCCGCUCAAGUCCACGAAGUUCUAGCAUAUGAUAAAGCUUUUUCUGCGGUAUUGGAGUUCCUUGAGAGUGAUUCUACUCCUGGCAUUCUUGUUGCCACAUCGGACCAUGAGACUGGCGGCUUGUCCAUUGCAAGACAGCUACACGAUGAUUACCCCGCGUACCUAUGGUAUCCCGGUGUUCUUGCAAACGCCAGCCAUUCCUCUGAACAUCUCGGCAAUGCCCUUGACGACUAUUUGAAUGGGGAUGGCAAAGACGCCGAUGACUCAGCCCGCCAUAAAUAUAUCCGCAAGAAGCUUGUGGAAGAUGGACUGGGCAUUUACGACUCGACGGACUCUGAGGUCCAGAAACUUGUAGAUGGCGGAGGAGCCUAUGCUUUUGCAAGCAUGGUGAGUCGACGGGCUCAAAUUGGCUGGUCGACACAUGGCCAUUCAGCUGUCGAUGUCAAUAUUUACGCCUCCUCACCACAUGAUGCACUGCCCCUAGUCGGCAACCACGAAAAUAGCGAAGUUGGUUUAUUCCUCGCAGACUACCUCUCACUUGAUCUCGAUGAUGUCACCAAGCUAUUAAAAGAUAAAAAAUCAUCCCCACACGUUAGCGCUGAUGGGAGUGAUAACCAAUACGCUUGGAUGGGCGAACCGCUAGAUGACGAUGCCGUCGUCGACACACUCGAUAGAUACCAUGGCGAUUUCAAACUAAGGAAACGCGACGAGGCGGUCGAUGGUGUUUCCCUUGGUUAUAGAGAUCUGGAGCAUGAAAGUUGCGGUUGUGGUUUGAGAAAUUAGUCUUCCUUCCUCCCAUCACACCCCGGCGCGCCCUCCUAACCCCCCUCUUCCCUGCGGUGCAAACUCUCAAGCUUAAUAAUUUCCUGUCUCUUUUGCUAUUAAUAAUUUUUUUAAUUUACACUCAACCUUAGCACAUUUGUGUGGCGUUUCUGUCAUUUCCUCAUAUCCUCCUUUUCAUUUUUCUUAGGUAUCUUGCACUACCUUGCAUUUCUCGGUUUGUCAUUUAAUUCCCCUAUCCCAAAUAUUUUUGGUUUCCAAGCUAUUGGUUAUUUUUCCUUUCUCCACCUCAAUCCACUUCAGCGCAGAAUAGACUCCGUUCUGUUUGCUCUGCAAUAACUUCUUCUUGUGUCUGUUCAUAUUGUCGUCACCUAGAAAACCCCAAUGGUGUAUUGGAAUAGCAAAUCAGUUUUUAUCAUUACCCCAUCUCCAAGUAGUGCUUGCUUCAUUUGGGGACUAACGCGUCUAUGUUUUCUAGCAAUAAUUGUUUAGAAGCUGGAUGGUGGAGGUAGAUAAAUAAUCUUCUUUCAUUAGAGUUGAAUUAUCUAUGACAAACAUACGAGACAUUAAGGAAAAUGACAAUCAAAUGAGAGAAACAGGCACUCCAAAAAUUUCACGUUGCUUCUGGAUCACUACCUACCCCUGAAAAAUUCCAUGCGCCUAAAUGCGGCAAAGCGCCAAUCCGGAUCCCAAACCAAUACAAACCACCUCAGGAAGAUAUCCAAAGCCCAAAAGCGCGCAUUUUCAUAUUACUCCAGAAGGUAUCAAACCCCUUCCUCAAAAAAAACCAGAAUAAUUCCAAGUCUCCCCUAAACGCCCCAGGCGCCACGCAGGUACAUGGACAUACCACCACCUCACUACACCUACCUACCGUCCCCCUCUAACCCAGUACUCCCACGACUCCUCCGCCCGCCGCGCCCGCCGCGCCCACUUUUCACACCGCUCACACUCCCUUGUCGAGCGCGUCGAGCUCAAUAUAUUCUCGUAACUGCGAAGCGGGACGCAGCGCGGCUGGUCCUCGAACGGGACUAUGAUGUCGGUACGCAUGAGUUCGCGCGGGUCGUUGAUGCGCUGGAGUUGGCGGUAGAGAUCUGGGCAGAAUCUGAUAAGGGUGAAGAGGUUGUGGUUGCAGGUAUACUUUAUUUCAUGGUAGUAGCACAUUUUCUUUUUCUUUCUUUCUUUCUUUCUUUCUUUCUUUCUUUCUUUUUCGGUUUAUCUCCUGUCUCUUUCGUACGAUGUGGUUUCGUGGGUGAUAUUGAUGAUAGAUUGACUUAACUGGCCUUUUUUGCCGCGGAGGAAAUUUGCUUUCGUUAAGGAUGUCUUUUGAUAUGAACCGUAUCGAUGAUAUGAACACACAAGAUGAGCCCUGAGAAUAUGGUCAAGGAAGAUUCACCUCCCAUGGAGCGUUAGCAUCCGGCUUGGGAGCGACUGUGAGGACUGUGAUUAGAUACCUGAAGCCCCUUUCUUCAGCAGAACAACUCUAUGGAGCUAUUGUUCCCCGUCUUGCAAAGAUAUGAAUUGACCGAGAUUCAGGCAAUUGGCCAAACAAUCAACCAAAGCUCCGACUCUACUUGCUGCGGGAGGAUCGGGCGGCGAUUUCAAGAAGGUAUCUCCUUAGAUAAGAUCGGAAAUAACCAAGCCUUCUGACGCGGAGGAGAGAGACAGAGGAUAACAAUCAGAAGAGAGGGGAUAUAUCUAAUUCCAAAAGAAAAUCUUGAAAGAAAAUAAUCGGAAGCAGUUCUGAAAUAAAAAUACAAGGCAAGAAAAGGAGAAGAAAAUCUGCCUCUAUGUUGAUGCAUUUUAUACUCAAUCUCCCUUCACUCCCCCUUCUCUCCAUACCCAGUGCAGUGAAUGAAAUCUGUGAAUAACAGAGAAGUAGUAAGGAUAGGAGGGGAAAAAAACCAUGAUAGCAAACAAAGACUUUCCAGCAGAGCGAUAGAAGACAUGUACCAGAAAUGGCAGUUGGGCAGGAACCCACCCAUGGCUUCAUUCCAUUCCUCAUCCCCUUUUUCUCUUUGCCAUUGCGCUCCAAUCAUUGUUCAUCUGAUGAAGUUUGCCUCCUGACCUCAGUGAGUAUACCCUCAUUGAAACAGCUGUUCUAGAUUGAGCCAUUGAGAGCAAGCAACGAUAUUUAGCGCCAGCAAUUCCCGAAGGCCUUCCU